AUGACGAAUCCUUGGGAAGUUAGCGAUGCUGAGUAUCAGAAAAACUUGUCAAUGUUCGGCCAGCUUACGAACGGUCAACAGUAUAUGGACGCGACGACUGCAAGGAAUGCUCUGAUGCGAAGCAAUCUGCCAACUCCCAUUCUUUCACAGAUCUGGGCACUGUCUGAUCUUGAUAAAGAUGGUCGUCUCGAUAUUCGGGAAUACUCCAUUGCUAUGAGACUUGCUUUCAAUUGUUUAGCCGGAAUGCCUUUGCCGCCUCAGCUUCCACCUUCACUCCUGAUGGUUCCCGCUAGAACCAUGCAACCGAUGUGGCCGGGUAGUAGACAAGGAAGUGUAGACUACUCUCAAACGUUACCAGCUGGAAUGGAUCGUAGAAUGUCUCUAUCCUAUACCCCGUCAGCUCCAGUUUCCAUUGCUGGAACACCAUCAAGACAUAAUUCAAUAUCAGCUGCGGGAAGUCCACUCAACACUGAUAGAAGUGUCUUCGAGGGUCGUCAAUUAGAUAACUGGGCCAUUCCUCAUCAUAACAAACUGAAAUACUCUCAACUUUUUAAUGCACUUGAUAAAGAUCGAUUGGGAUCACUGAGCAGCCAAGUAGGCAGAAGUGCUCUAGGAUUAUCAGGUCUUCCCACUAAUGUAUUAGCUCAUAUUUGGUUUUUAUCGGAUGUUAACAAAGAUGGAAAGCUGUCUGUUGAUGAAUAUGCAAUCUCGCAGUACAUGAUUGAAAUGUUCAAAAGCGGCUACUCUCUUCCUAAAGUCACUCCACCAGAACUCGUCCGAAUGUGUGGCAUCUCUUCCCGUUCCGCAAACAAUACUCCUGAACUUGAACCUGGAGCAGAACCCCCUCAAAAAUCUCCUGCUCCUAAAACUUUCGAAGACAAGCGCCAGGACAACCUUUCCAAAGGACAAGCGGAACUGGAGAGACGACGGAAAAUCCUCGAAGAAGAGGAGCAAAGAAGACGUGCUGAAGUUGAGAAGAAGGAAAGAGAGGAAGCUGCGAAGCGAGAAAGAGAGCGGUUGGAGAAGGAACGACAAGCGGAAUUGGAACGACAAGCUGAGUUGGAAAGAAUGAGAAUGUUGGAAGCACAACGGGAAGAGGAGGAGAAAAAAAAGAGGGCGGAGUUGGAGAAGAGGAAAGAAGAGGAAGAGAAGAUGAAAAAACAGCAGAUGGAGAAAGCCAAAGUUAAGCAAAUGCAGGUAUCUAAUGAACGAAUCAUUUGGGAAUAUAUUCAUAAUUUUAAUUUUAAUAACCAAAAACAACAAGAGAACGAGAGGCUCGCGCAACGCCAACAACGAGAGAAGACUCUUCAAUUUCAAUUGCAAGCACUUGAUGAGAAAGCGACAGAUGUUGAAAUUGAUAUUGGAAAAGCUAAGGAUGCGGUUGCUGAAGUCACUGGAUCUAUUGAACAAAUGAGAGCUACAAGAGACGAGAAGGUCACGAAGAUUAAAGAAUUGCAAGAGACCAAUCAGAAGACUGCCAUCGAAUCUCAAGAACUGAGUCAUCAACUUCUCCAAAAACAAUCAUCUCACAAGGAAACAACGCAGAGAAAAAAUGAGUUGGAAGCCUUCCGUCGAAAACGAGAUGCUAUGCGAAAAGCAAUUGAAGACGCAGCAUUGGAACUAUCCUCUGAAAAAGAGAAGACUUACAAUCAAUCUGAAACAUUGAAAACCAAAAAAGAGAAAUACAAUAGCGAUGUUUACUCGAAAUUAGUUGCCAAACGGGAGGAAUAUAGAAAAAUGUUCGAGCUCUAUGUCCAUUCUCAAACACAUGCAAAGAGCAAGAUUGGAGAGUUUGAAGCUAGUAGAAUUGAGCAAGCUCCGCCCCCUCCAGUUGUUCAAACACAAGCACCGGUGAAUGGUGUUACAACUACUAAUUUCAAUGAUGCAUUUGCUGAAUUCGAUAAAACUGAUACUAGUCAGAAGUUCGAUGCAGACUUUGGUGGCUCAUCCAGCAACGUGGAUCCAUUCUCACAAGUUCAUGCCCCAGUACAGGCACAUUCCAAAGGAGCUGUUGAUCAGUCGUCAUUUAACAUUCAUGAAACUCACAAAUGUCGCGCCCUUUUCGCAUUUGAGGCUAGAUCUGAAGAUGAGCUGUCUUUUGAACCAGGAGAUGUGAUAAUUGUGUUCCAAUCUCAUGCUGCCGAACCAGGAUGGCGUGCUGGUCAACUUCGGGAAAAAGUCGGUUGGUUCCCUGAAGCAUUUGUGGAAUCCAUCGCCGCAGUUCCCGCUCCUGGUGACGAGCCCCCGAUUCAGAAUAUGCCUCCCAACAUGACUCCAAGUUCUUCUAUUGACCAAAUCGGAGCACGAGCAGCUCGUAAAGCUGAAAUCGAAGCUGCACUGGCAAAAGGUUCAUCGGUGGAUGCCUCAGUACCUCCAGCACCUCUUACUAUAAUUUGCCAAUGUGUUGCACAAUUCCAAUGGCGUGCUAGAAACGAGGAAGAUUUAUCAUUUGCAAAAGGAGAUACGAUUGAGGUUAUAGAGAAGCAAGACAUGAAGUGGAAGGGAAGAAAUCCAAAUGGAGACAUUGGAUGGUUCCCGAAGAGUUAUGUGAAGGAAGUUGGAACUCCUACCACUCCUGUUACUUCUCCUUCUAAAGAUGUUUCAUCUCCUCCAUCAGCUGGUGCACAAUACGACGUGGUUCCAGCAGAUAUUAAUAUUCAAGCUCAAAAUUCUUCUGGUGAAGUGUACAAGGCAAUCUACGAUUUUGAAGCUGCAGAAUCGACAGAUUUGGCUCUGAAUGUCGGUGACACUAUUGUGGUGCUUGAGAAAAAUGAUGAAUGGUGGAAAGGUAGAUGCAAUGGAAAAGAAGGAAUCUUCCCAGCAAACUAUGUCGAAUUGGUACCACAAGGUGCUGUGCCAUCAGCCGCUCCAGCUGCCCCAACAGCUUCAGCCACUCCUGCUCCACCCCCGACUGUGAUCUGCGAAGCAAAAGCUAUUGUUGAAUUCACUUCUUCUGCAGCAAACCAGCUUGGAAUUAAAGUUGGAGAAAUCAUAAAAAUCCGAGAGAAGUCCGCAGCAGGAUGGUGGGAAGGAGAACUAAUUCGAGAUGGAAAACCAUUCGCUGGCUGGUUCCCUGGUGAUUAUGUUAAAGUUAUUGAGAACACCACCCCAACUUCACCAUCGAAGUCUGUGCGAGCUACUGCUCUUUAUGAUUACGAUGCUUCGCAAACCGAUGAACUCACUUUCAAAACUGGAGAUGUCAUUGUUGUUACCGAUAGAUCGGAAGCUGAGUGGUGGAGUGGCCACAGAGCUCAAGAGCCAACAGAAACUGGACUUUUCCCAUCUAAUUAUGUAGAA